AUCGAGUUCCAUGACCAAACCCCAACCAAGAACUAGCGAGAGAGGGAGAGAGGACCCCGAGGAAGAGGAAGAGGAAGAGAGCGAGCAGAGAGGAGAGCGAGCGGGGAAGGAAGAUGAAGGUCCGCGCGUCGGUGAAGCGGCUGUGCGGGUUCUGCAGGGUGGUGAAGCGCCGGGGCAUCGUCUUCAUCCACUGCACCGCCAACACCAAGCACAAGCAGCGCCAGGGCUUCUCCACCAUCGCCGAAGCCGCCGCCUCGUGCCUGCACCUGCCGCCGCCACUGCCCUCCAGCGGCUCCGCCUCCGCUGCGGUGUUCGCUGAGGCUUCGAAGGUGGCCACGCAAGAGAUGUCUAUGAAGUUUAAUUGGCCUCUGGGUUUAGCUGCCCUGUUGAAGAAUGGUGAAAAGUAAUGCAUCUGCUCUACUAUUCCCCAACAUUUGUUCUAGAAAUCAAGUGAAUCUUCCAGUCCGUCGUAAAAAUACCAAGCUGUACCAUCAGCAUGUACUUGCAGUCACUACUCAUCAGUUGAAUUGGUCUUUUAGUGGAAUAUAAUAUGAGCAUAUAUUGUUA